CCUAAACAAAAAUAACCAAGCCGGACAUGUGCCGAUUUGGAGUCGAGGUAGUUCAGGCAUGGAGUUGGGCCACAAGGGCACCACAUCGCGAGCUGCGCGGGACCCAAUCACGACGGCAGGACGCACAUCAUGCAGUAAUCUGCUUCCGUGCUGCCAUCUGGCAGCACUAGACGGGACAGGGUCAUUUACCCGUGGCUGGGGAAACAGACAGCCCAAGAUAUCGCCCCAAGAGGUCAUCGCCAACAGCACAGAAAACUCACUGCCACUGUUCUGGUACUCGGCCCCAAGGUGUGUGGACUACCGGGCCUGA